AUGAUUGUCCAGGAGCCUGUUCAGGCUGCCAUUUGGCAUUGUUUGAACCAUUAUGCUUUUGAAGAUGCUAUAUUUCUGUCAGAACGUUUGUAUGCUGAAGUUAAAACUGAUGAAACCCUAUUCCUUCUGGCAACUGCUUACUUUAGGAAUGGGCAAAAAGAUCAUGCCUAUUACACUUUGAAAGAUAGAGCUGGGAACUCAUCACAAUGUAGAUAUUUGUUUGGAAUUUGUGCAUUUGAACUUGAAAAAUAUGCUGAAGCUGAGGCUGUCCUAUUAGAGAACUGUACCCUGAAUGCUGUGGAUGAUGAAGAUUUUGCAAAGGAAUUUGGAGAUCAGGCAAGCUUUGCUCUUAUGCUACUUGGAAAAAUUGCUGCCAAAACUGAACGCAAAACCAAAGCUAUAGAAGUUUGGAAAAAAGCCUUGUUGCUAAAUCCAUUUUUGUGGUCAGCUUUUGAACAUCUCUGUGAUAUAGGUGAUAAACCAAAUCCACAAUCUACCUUUCAAAUCAACAAUCUGGAGAAUAUAUCUAUGUGCCAAGGCAGCAACAUAAAUAACAUAGAAAGUGUAAUCAUUACUAAUAAUCCAUCUAGCACAGAUACUCAAGAAGCUUUUGUGACUACUCCAUUACCAAUGUUCACCAAUUUGAAUUCUAGUGUCAAUCUUAAUUUGAAUACAAAUUCAAAGUUGUGCACUCCAGAAGAGAGUCCAUUGGCUCGGCCUCUGAGUAUGUCUGGAUUUUGUCCAUUAUCAUCAGUUCCAGCUUCUAGAUUCAAAUCAGCAAGAUCUAGAUUAGGUGGAUGUAGUAGUAGUCCCUUGCCGAGCUUCGGCCAACUCUUCGACUCGUCCUCCGACCUUGUUAGCACCCCCGACACGAUAUCUCCCCCCACUCUCACCGAAUGCAACACCCACCACCAGUCGCUGGCGAAGAGGGUGCGAGCCCAAGUCGACCAGUUCAUCGGCCGCAAAGACUCCAUCUUCCAAAACUCCAAGCCCGUGUUCAGCCAAUCGACCAACGUGCCAGUCACCAAAACCCCCACGAUCCCGCUGGCGGGUCAGCCUAGUCAAAACGUGAGAAGAAGCUCCAGACUGUUCAGUAACAAUUCCGUGAAGGAAAACAACAAGUCGCCUAAUAGGAAUAAGUUCGCCACCCCGAAAUCGCCUUCCCGGAAAACCAAGCAGAGGAUGACCAAGUGCAAUUUGAACAAGAACUCGAACUAUUCGGAGCUGAACACGAGGAAUAGGAUCGAAAAAGAGAAGAGCGAGACUGUGACGGCGGCGGAUGCCAAAAGUGAAAAAAGUGCAAUAACUACGUUGAGCGGCGAGAGCUGUUUACAGCAAGUGAUGAACUUGCAGAAACAGAGCGCCGAAGGGCUGAUGUGUCUUUUGAGGGACUUGGGUCAGGCGUACCUGGAUUUGGCGCAGUUUGAUUGCGUGUCUGCGAUCGAACGGUUGAAUAAUUUGCCGCCGAAUCAGUUCAACACAUCGUGGAUAUACUGCUUACUAGGUUUAGCGUACUUCGAACAGGCCGACUACGAGUCCAGCACCAAGUACUUCUCCGAGGUGCACGACAAAGAGCCCUACCGCCUGGCCUACAUGGACGUCUACUCCACGGCCCUGUGGCACCUGCAGAAGGAGGUCGCCCUCUCCGCCCUCGCCCAGGAGCUGAUCGACCAGAACAGACACUCGCCGGUCACGUGGUGCGUGAGCGGCAACUGUUUCUCGCUGCACAAGGAGCACGACACGGCCAUCAAGUUCUUCCAGCGCGCGGUCCAGGUGGAUCCGAACUUUCCCUACGCCUACACGCUUCUCGGCCACGAGUACAUCACCACUGAAGAGCUCGACAAGGCGAUGAGCUGUUUCAGGAACGCCAUUCGAUUGGAUCCGAGGCACUAUAACGCGUGGUUCGGUAUAGGCACCAUCUAUUCGAAGCAGGAGCGGUACGAGCUGGCCGAGAUGAACUAUGCCAAGGCUUUGUCGAUAAACUUGAAGAGCUCGGUGAUUUUGUGUCAUAUCGGGGUGGUGCAGCACGCUCUGAAAGAGACGGAGAAGGCGUUGGGCACGUUCAACACCGCCAUUGCUAAUAAUCCGAGGAGUCCGCUGUGCAAGUUCCACAGGGGCUCGAUAUACUUCGCUUUAGGUAGACACGCCGAGGCUCUCAAGGAGCUGGAGGAGGUGAAGGAGAUUGUUCCCAAAGAAUCUUUAGUUUAUUAUUUGAUAGGCAAGGUCCACAAGAAGCUCGGCAACACCGACUUGGCCCUCAUGCACUUCAGCUGGGCCACCGACCUCGACCCGAAGGGCGCCAGCAGCCAGAUCAAAGAGGCGUUCGAGCCGGCGGUGGGGCGCGGCGGGGCGGCCUCCGAUUCGCCCGGCUCGCCCGCCCCCGAAGGUGGGUACGCUUCGGAAGGCGGUUCGGGGGGCGGGCAGCGCUUCGGGCCGGCCAACCUGAACGGGCUGCCCGACGACAGCGAGGACAGUUUUUAGGGCGGGCGUCGUUCGGUUUUUAUCGGGUGGAGUUCAUUAUUAUGUGGACUUGGGCGGACUGAUUGAUGGGGAUGGAGUUGAUGGGUGUUCGUCGCGACGGAGAGGGAAGGGCAUGAUAAUGGAGUAUUCAUUGUCUGACAAGGAAUCUUGUUGGCAAAGCUAGCAGUGGCGGUCACA